CUUAAUACCGGUGGGUAGCAGAAAGAAAGGAAAGAGGACAAUUAGAAAUGAACUUCCCCAGUUCAUCACUCUUUCCUCAAGGUCAAAAAAGAAAAGUAAAACCCUAAUUUUGCUUUCUUUCUUUCCUUCGUGGUUUCUCGAUAAGGAUUUGAUGAUGAUGAUGAUGAGGCAUCCAUGUGUAACGCUCGUCCUUACCUUUAUAUUACCAACUCAAAAAGUUACGUGUCUAAUUCGCGCUUCUAUAUAUACCCUCCUCCCUCCAUAUUCAUUCAUUCCUUCCACCAAACCUAAAUUCCUCUUCUCCGAUUAAUUACGCAACAACAAUAUAUAGCUCCGAGAUCCCAAAUGGCGACUGCCAACGGCCACCACCACAACUCUCCCCCGCCGGCCGCCAGAUGGUCUCUCCACGGCAUGACCGCCCUCGUCACCGGCGGCACUCGCGGCAUCGGGAGUGCGACUGUGGAGGAACUAGCUGGGCUGGGAGCGAAGGUCCACACGUGCUCGCGAAACCAGUCGGAGCUCGACCACUGCUUACAGCAAUGGAAAGCGAGAGGCUUCUCCGUCACCGGCUCGGUAUGCGACGUGUCGUCGGCGUCCGAGAGACAGAAGCUCGUACAGGAAGUUGGCAAGAUUUACAAUGGCACUCUCAAUAUCCUCGUGAACAAUGUUGGGACGAACGUGAGGAAGCCCACUACAGAGUAUUCAACGGAGGAAUACCUGAGACUGAUGUCCGUGAAUUUGGAGUCGUCGUACCAUCUCUGCCAGCUGGCCCACCCGCUUCUCAAGAAGUCCGGAGCUGGGUCCGUCGUCUUCGUCUCGUCGGUGGCCGGGGUUCUCCACAUUGGCAGCGGCUCCAUUUACGGUCUCUCCAAAGGUGCAAUCAAUCAGCUGACCAAGAAUCUGGCCUGUGAGUGGGCAAAGGACAACAUCAGGGCUAACUGCGUGGCUCCUUGGUACACCAGAACUUCCCUCGUUGAGCAUCUGCUUGAGAAGAAGGAUUUCUUGCAGCAGAUAGUGGCAAGAACGCCGCUCCAGAGGGUGGGAGAGCCUCACGAAGUGUCGAGCUUGGUGGGGUUUCUGUGCCUGCCAGCAGCUUCAUACAUCACUGGACAAGUAAUCUCUGUGGAUGGAGGAAUGACUGUGAAUGGAUUCAAUCCUCCAAUCAACCUAGAUUGAAACAAACUGGCAGCAGCAUCUUCCUAAAUCAAAUAUGAUUGCUUUUUUUUCCAAUCUGCAUUGUAGGUAUUCUAGGUCUAUCAAAUGUUGGGGGAUCUAAAUUGGCUAGUAAUGAAUAAAAUGAUUUCUGCCCUGAUCUCAGUUUUCUUGUUCGGUGGGAAGCUUUGAUGAUCUCGAUUCGUUGGUAUUUGGAUGCAAGAUUUGAAUCGUUCAUGAUUUCACCUUUCGCCAAACCCUCAAGCAUGCCCACCAGACCCAGCUCACUAGAAAUCGUUUUCACUUUCAGUCCCCAAAUCUUUCAUGGAUUCUUUAUUUUGUUGGUACCCAAGAACACCUCCAGCUGAAUUUGGAUUAGUAUGUUGUGUCUAUCUACUGUCAAAGCCUUAGCAGAAUCCUCUCAAAUUCCUCAAGCAUGGUUAUUUUAUCCAUUUUGUUCAAAUUUCCGACUCUGUCAUUGUUGAUGUUGUACACUCAAUCGGCAAAUAGACAUGAUGCUAGAUAAAGUUUUUAUGUAAAU